AUGACGUUGGAAUCACAUAUGUACGCGGCGGCACUAGGUGCAUUAGUGCCAUCUCUCUUAUUAAUCCUGCAGCUGGAAAAACAGUGGAUACGGGAGUUACCACCUCAAUGCUGUGGCGUGCUAGAUAGCAUCUUCUGGCUGCAGCCUGAUGCAAUUCAUCCGCACUUUGAGUGUCUGGGUGCUUUUGGAAGAGCUAUGAAUGUGGAUUUUUACAUUUUUGACCUGCUGCUCUUCCCACUCAUCUACUCAACGGCACUGUCUGGACUCUUGCGUCGACUUUGGCCUAAUUUUCAAUUAGUGUGGAGUGUACCAGUGUUGGCAGGCGGCGUUGACGUAGUGGAGAAUGUAUCUAUUGUAAAGCUGCUAAGACUUUAUCCUGUGCAAUGGAAGACGUUAGAAAGCGUUGUUAGCUUUCUCACGAGGACUAAAUGGGUUCUUGUAGUGUCAGCAAUUGUCUUCGUUAUCAUCGGGGUAUUUGAGUCAAUGGUAAAGAGAGUUGUGACGAUAUAUAAUGAGGUGGCAAGCAGAAGCAAGAACGAGUGA